AUGGCCAUAUCUGUCCUUAACAUGGUUGUUGCAGCUCUGGCUGAAAUGAAACGACUCAAAAAUGCUGGAAAUUAUGGCCUGGUUAAUACCCCAAAUGCUACAGUUCCUAUGACAUCUGGUGGCUGGUGCCUCAGCAGAGGAAAUUUCUUGAGCAGUUUUCUCAUUUCUGCAAUUGAGAAAGUGACAAGUGGAAAUGGAAGAGACAGUUGGCUCUGUGAUAAUUUGAAUCAUGCACAUCUUGAUUACUUCUAUUGGUUGCUUGCUGGAGUUGGGAGUAAGGUUACUUUGGCUAUAAUCAAUGCUGAGCUUCUAAUCAAAUUUGGGAUAAUGGAUGGAUGCAGAAACUUGGAAGCACAAACACAAAUUCCCUUUCUUCAGAGGGAUGAAGUAGUGGAUGGCUAUGCUGAUUACCAAGGUUAUGCAAUUAAGCGAUCCGAAUCAGGUGGUUGGAGAUCAGCAUCUUUCAUUCUAGUUUCUGGAAGUCUUGAGAGGUUUGCAUAUUUUGGAAUAGAAUCAAAUCUCAUUAGCUACCUUACCGGGCCCCUUGGAGAAUCCAUAGCAACAGCAGCUGCAAAUGUCAAUACAUGGAUCGGUGUUGCUUCACUUGUACCAGUUUUUGGAUCAUUUUUUGCAGAUUCAUUCCUUGGCCGCUAUCAGGCAAUCAUCCUUGCUUCUGUUAUUUACAUCUUGGGACUAGGCCUUUUGACCCUCUCAACAGUACCUACUUCAUUGAUCAGCGUUUCAACCUUUCAAGGUAGAGAUAUAGUGGCUCAGAUUCUAUUUUUUGUGUCACUAUAUCUGGUGGCUCUAGGACAAGUAUAUAAAUCAUGCGUUCAAGCCUUUGGAGCUGAUCAGUUUGAUGGAAAUCAUCCAGAUGAGAAAAAAGCCAAGAGCUCAUUUUUCAACUGGUGGCUCUGUUGCUUGUGCAUAGGUGCUACUGCAGCACAUUUGAUCUUACACUACAUUCAGGACAACAUAAAUUGGGGAAUUGGUUUUGGGAUUCCAUUUAUUGCUAUGACAAUUGGUUUGGUCCUAUUUCAAAUAGGUAAUAGAACUUAUCGCUUUUCUGCCAGACAGAACGAUGCAGAUGAAAUCCUGAAUGAGAGCAUCUGUCAAAGGUUUAUCAAAGUUUUGCCUGCAGCAGAAGACUCAGGGGAAGCAAUUACCACCAAGACUAAUGGGGCAAAGAUAUUUCUAAGGCUGCUUCCUAUUUGGUCUACUUGUUUAACCUAUACAAUAGCAAUGGCUCAAGUCUCCACAUUGUUUACUAAGCAAGCAAGUACAGUAGACAGAUCAUUAGGCCCAAGUUUUAGCAUACCACCGGCCUCGCUGCGAGCUUUCAUUGCCCUUUCUAUUUCAUUCUGCAUUCCCAUUUACGAUCAAAUUUUUGUCCCUAUUGCAAGAAAAAUCACAAAUUUUUCCACUGGCAUAACAAUGCUGCAGAGGAUGGGAACUGGGAUGGCGAUAUCCGUCAUGAAUAUGGUUAUUGCUGCUCUGAUUGAAAUGAAAAGACUCAAAACUGCUAAAGAUUUUGGUCUGGUUGAUAUUCCAAAUGCAGCAGUUCCCAUGAGCUUCUGGUGGUUGGUGCCUCAGUUCACGUUGAUCGGCCUUACAGAUGUGUUCAUUCUUGUAGGUUCACAGGAAUUUUUCUAUGAUCAGGUUCCUACUGAAUUAAGGAGUUUGGGGCUCUCCCUUUAUUUUGGUGCUGUAGGCACAGGAAACUUCUUGAGUAGUUUUCUCAUCUCUGCCAUUCAGAAAGCUACAAGUCAAAAUGGAAGAGACGGUUGGUUUUCUGAUAACUUGAAUCGGGCACAUCUUGAUUACUUCUAUUGGCUUCUUGCUGGAAUUGGUAUUUUUGGAUUCGUACUCUUUGCAUACUUGGCAAAAUCCUAUGACUACGAGGAAAAUGCUCCUAAAGAGAAUUUUCAACCAUAAUAUUUGCUUUUGGCUGGCAGAAGAAUGUGCCAAGUGCAUAAAUUAGUUAGGAUAAGAUGAAGUGGAAGCUAUCAUUCCCUUCGUUUGCUUCAAAAACAGUAUAAGAUAAUUUUCUAUA